AAGUUUCGCAUGUCGACUCAACACUGAAGCGAGGGUUGCUAAGUGGUGGAAAGAAAGAUGGCAAAGGAGUUUCUAGGAAGCAGUCGAUGCACCAAAAGUUCUUCGGUGGAGGAGACAAGCACAAGAGAAGCGAGUUUUUGCAUGAGCUAGCAUUUGAUAUCAGCUACGGGUUGUCUGCUAGUUCCCGAGCACCCUUUACAAGUUGCGUCGGAGCUUUUGAGCAGAUGCAGAAUUGCGCUCUAUGGAAGAAAGAGCGUUGGUUGAGCAGUUUGAAAACGUCUGUUCAAACGCUUCAGCUGCCUUUCCUUCCCAUUCCGUCACCUUUUGACAUGAUGCGACUUUAAGC